AUGUUCUCCCACAGACUCCUUGUGGCGCUGAGCGUGGCGACGACUCUGGCAUAUGCGACUCCUCCUCCUUCUCCUCCUCUUUCGUCUGUGAGGGAGUUUUGCAAUUUGACGGUCGAUGUUGCUGUGAUUGGAGGUGGUGGCGGUGGAGCGUAUGCGGCGGCUAGAUUGCAUCAACAAGGUUACAAAGUGGCUCUCAUUGAGCGUGAUGGGAGACUGGGUGGUCAUGUGAAUACAUACCGUGAUCCUACCUCGGGAGGAACAUUCGACUAUGGAGUGCAAAUCUUCUCCAACAUCAGCGUUGUGAGAGACUUCUUCGGCCAUUACAAGAUCCCUCUCGUGCCCGCCGGUCCACUGGGAGGUUCCACAUCGCAGACGGUCGAUUUCUCUUCUGGACUUCCCAUCACAGUACCACAGGACACUGCUGCCAUUGGCCAGGCUCUGAUGGGAUAUGGCGCUCAGGUGGCCAAGUAUCCUUCUCUCAAUACCUUUUGGAAGAUCCCACAGCCCAUUCCGGAGGAUCUGCUGAUGCCUUUUGGUGCUUUUCUUCAAAAAUAUAAUCUGCAGAGUUUGGCCUAUAUCGUGUAUUCUUACCAACAAGGCCUGGCCAAUGUCCUGGCUCAGACGACUCUUUACUUGAUCCGCUUCUUCGAUCUGCAACAAGUCCAAGACAUUGCAAACUCGGCCUUUAUGGUAAACGGCCUACAAAACAACCAAGCCCUCUACGACGCCGUCGCCACCGAACUCGGCAACAGCGUCCUCCUCAACACGCAAGCCACCAAAAUCGUCCGCACAGACAACGCCGUCCUCCUAGACGCCAAAAGCACCAACACCGACUACCAAAUCACCGCCAAAAAACUCCUCAUCGCCAUCCCACCCACGCCCGAAAAACUCCAAUUCCUCGACCUCCACGAUGAUGAAUUCUCUGUUUUUAGUAAACUCAACGCUUCCCACUAUUGGAAUUCCAUCGUCCUCAAUUCCGGUCUUCCUCCCAAUCUCACCCUCACCAACAUUUCCCCUGCAGCUCCUCUCGCCAUUCCUUCCGUUCCAGGCGUCUACACGAUUAAUAUGACUCCUUUUCCAGGCGUCGUGUGCCCUCUAUAUGGUUCCGAUCAUGCACUCUCCGACUCGGAUGUGCAAGCAGAUAUUCUCGCGACGAUUAAACGGAUUCGACAAGGGAUGAAUAUUUCUGUGACGACGGAACCGGAAUUUGUGGAAUUUAAUUCGCAUAAUCCUUUUCAUUUUACGGUUUCCCCCGAGGAGAUUUUGGGAGGGUUUUAUGAUCGGAUGGAGGCGUUGCAGGGGCAGAGGAAGACGUGGUUUACGGGUGCUGCGUGGAGUAAACCUGCUUCGUCGGCGAUUUGGAAUUUUACAGAGUAUCAGAUUUUGCCGGGGUUGAUGGAGGGGUUGUGAGUUGGGUGGUUUGUGUAGUACCUACAUUACCUUAUGUAUGCAGUUGCAUGGAGGAGGAAGGGAAAGGAAAAGGGGGAUGGGAUGGGAGUGUCACAUAUAAUAGAGUAGUAGAUCUACCUAUUUGUAUAUAUUUAUU